UUUGGAAAGAAGAAAAAGAUGAAUUAGGCAAAGUGAUGUCCAUAAAACAUUAGUCUUCUCUGUUUCCAUGUCCUUAAUAUCAAUCUGGGUUUUCUGCUGCCUCUAACCUCGGUAUUCCAUGACCAAAAGCAAACCGAGUGAGGUGGGCGGGGGCGCCUUCCUCCCUUCGCCAGCAGCCGGGAGUCACCUAGGUUAAGGGCCACAAACAUGGGGCUUGGGUCAGGGAUCAGGCUCAGCCUAAAUGACUGAUCUCAGUGUCCUCAAGACUGAGCGAGCACAAAACUGUAAUAUUUGAGGCCAGCCUGGGCUACAAAGCAACGCAAAGCAAAACAAAACCCUCCACCAUAUACUUUAAAGAUCACCAGAGGAAUGGAAUCUGCUCGUGAGUUUCAGCCAUUGCAUUGUCGAUGAGUGAAAAGUUCAGUUCCCUAGAGCAGAACUGUCUCGGGUAGGGCGGCGCUUAGGGCGGUGCAGGCCUGGGCGGGGCUAUCCAGGGUAAGGGCUACAAAGGCUCCAGGUUUUAUUUAAAAGACGCUGCUCCAGAGCGCCCACUGCCACUGGGAGACUCUGCAGAGCACAGCGGCUCCCACAAGGACCCUGCAUCCAGGUAGCACAAGGGAUUAAGGGCGGCUCUAGCACCCUUAGAGACUGUGGGCUGAGGUAGCCGUACAGAGAUCCUGGCCUGCACCGCGACCAGGCAGCCUGUGAGCAGCCAGCAAGAACGAAGGCAGCAGAACUGCCUCAGAAACCCCAGACUGGACAGAGACCUCAUACAGCAGUUUUCAUGGAGGCCAAGGGAUCUUCAGGUAAAAAAGAUGAUCACAGUGAAGCACAAGAAAGACAACACAGAAGACAGAAAACAAGACCUCCACACAGAUUUACGCAGGAGGAAUUAAAGAUUUUGAAACAAUCAUUUGAACAGAACCCUUACCCAAGUUUCACAACCAAGAGGGAACUUGCCAAGCAACUGCGCUGCGAUUUGUGUGUCAUACAGAAUUGGUUCCAAGAUAGAAGAUACAGACUACCACCUAGAGAGAAAAAGAGACUCUUUGCCACCUGGAAAUUAAAUGGAUUUUGUGUCCAAAGGUCUCAACCCCUGGGGUCCCCAAAUAUCCAGGUACAAUCUGACAACUCUUCCAUGAAUCCGACUUCCUUGCAUGACCAGGAGACAGCACCACAGGGAGCUGGCGACCCUUCACUGGAAACACAGACGAUUCCCAGGGGAUAUUUUGACUCAGGUGACUCUGUAGUCCCAGGCAUUAACAGGGAGCCAGGAUGUCUCCUGGAGUAUCAAGGUGCCCCAGCAAGUGGACCUUCUUCCACUUCCACACCAGACUCAUUUAUUUAUCCGAAUGCAUCUAUGCAGUACUUAGAAAAUACCAGAUAUGAGGCAGGGGAAACCCAGCAUGCUCUGCCUUAUUUUUCCUAUUAUGCUUUCAAUGGGCAGGGAACAGGCUGUCAGCAAGAAGAGCACAAGGCCCCUGAUCAGUAUUUGGUAUUUCAAGGACAGCAGCCAAACGACUGGGGGUGCCAUCUGCAGCAGCUGUCCCAGCCUUGGUAUUACGAAGAGAAUCGCCAGUUGCCAUUCCAAGGCCAUUUUUGGUCAUUCCAGAAUCCAAGUUAUUUAGGACAAGAGGAGCUCAGUCUUCCAUCAGAGCAGGAAAGCAGCGGAGGUGCCCUGAGCUCCCUGCUGCAGCAGGCACCUGUGCAAACAGCAGACAGGUCUCCACAACGUCUUGGAGAAGGGAAACAGCAAGUCCAUGCAGAGCAUCCUAGGUUUGAAACCCAGCAGCUUCACGAUUUUUUCGGAUUUCCACCGCUGAGACCAUAAGUGGGUCUCCAGGGAAUGGAAGUCCAGAAAAACAGUUGUAGAUCACCCUGUCCACACCCAGGGAAGGGAAGGGAAAGGUCUUCUCCUUUGGAGAAACUCUCAUUGUUCUUUACAUGAACCUUUCCAGGCUGACUAAUACAAAGAUCUUGUAAAUGUGUAUGAAACAGUACUAUGUUUUGAGUCACCGAAUUCCAUAUGUAUGUAAUUACUACACUGGGCAAAAAUGACACUUUUAUGAUCAUUUAAUGGCACUUGUAUUUAUUUUUAUUUAUUGCGUGGGUUAGAACUGCCAUAGGGUAUGGAAUCAGUAUAGUGAGAGGACACAGGAGAGUUUGCAUUUCCUCAUUUCAAGUUCCUCUUAGCGUGUGUAUUUCCAUAUCUGCCAAAGGAAACUUUUGGUUUCUCUUUCAAGUUUUUAGUGCCCUCCGUUUGUAUAACUUUUUUUUUUU